AUGCAGACAACACGAAAACGUCGAGGCAAAGAGUCAAAAUCGCAGAAAGUCGCAACACAGAAUAGCACUCGUGGUUUGAAGGAAAAUGCGUACCAGAAGAAAAGGCGUUUCCACUUUGACCUGUGGUUCUGGUUGACUCUGCAGAACUGGAUACUGGACUUUGGAAGACCUAUUGUGAUGAUCAUCCUUCCUCUGGAAUGGUUCCCCCUGAACAGGCCCAGUGCUGGAGACUAUUUCCACAUGGCCUACAAUGUCAUAACGCCAUUUCUUAUGCUCAAGUUGAUUGAACGCAGUCCGCAGGCGCUGCCUCGCUCAGCAGUCUACCUCUGUAUCAUCACUUUCGUCAUGGGGGCCAGCAUCCACCUGGUGGGAGACUCCAUCAACCACCGGCUCAUCCUGAGUGGCUACCAGCUGCACCUGUCGGUCAGAGAAAACCCGAUCAUCAAAGACCUCAAACCCACCUCGCUGAUUGACUCCUUUGAGCUGCUGUAUUACUACGAUGAACAGCUGGGACAUUUAAUGUGGUAUAUUCCUUUCUUCACCAUUCUGUUCAUCUACUUCACUGGAUGCUUCACCAACGCCAAAGAACAGAAGAAGCUUCCUGUCUCUGGUUGGCUGUUGCUGGGACCCAGUGCUCUCUACUAUUGGUACCUAGUCACUGAAGGACAAAUCACUGAACUCUUCCUCAUCACCUUCCUUGCCAUGGUUGUCAUGGUGAUACAUCAACAGUGUAAAGGCCUCAGCCUUGACAGCAAUGGCCUGUUCUUGUUCUGUAGUUUCUCUGUCACUGUGCUUCUUGUAGCACUGUGGGUGGUCUAUCUGUGGAAUGACCAGGUGCUACGCGAAAAGUACCCCGGACUUAUAUAUGUGCCAGAACCCUGGUCCUACUACACGUUACAUAUCAAGGAAAACCACUGAGUCACAUCUGUCCAGCAGAUAUCCUGUGACAGGAAUAUCAGCUGCACUCAGACACGGAUGACGAAGGUCGCUGAUGUGGAUGUGUCUUCUCUGUUUCUUUCUGCAUUGAUUCACACAGACUUUAAACAUGCAAUCUAAUCUGUUAAAACUGCUCGGGUCUUGUGAUGAGACUGAGAUAUAAACUAGGUCAGCACAUGCAUGUGACAUAAAGCAGGUUAACAGAAAGCUAAACCUGCUCUCUGCUCACAUCUCAUGCUCCUACUUGAAAAAUACUAUACUUUUUAUUCUGAUGAUUAAAAAAAAAAAAAAGUAUCCUGUUUUACUGUUACAAUCCUGCGGUCAUGCCAUGUUGCUUAGUUAUAUGAAAGAGAUCGCCUUAGCAAGCAAGUUUUUUUUUCAUUACCCAUCAAUAAACUCUGACAGUUAAUUCAAUAGGCCAACUGCAUCUUAACCAGCCAAGUGAACAGAAGAGUUGACCUCUUGCAAACAAAUUCAAAAGGUAAAUAUCAGAUAUAUUCACUGAAAAUAGAAAAAAAUCUAAAUUCUUACCUUGUUGAACUUUGCCAAAGAAUCCAAUCAAUUGACAAAAUAAAAGAUAUCACCCCUUUCAAGUGAGGAGCACAAAGUUCAAUAACGAGUGAACCACUCGAACAACAGCAUGAAAGAACUGUUAUGCGAACAAUAGCAUCAAUAGGACAGACAGGUAACUUUAUUAAAAUGUGUCGAAGCAGGAUUUUA